GCGUGCGCACACGCUCCAACAAUCGAGAGGUAAAAUGGCGUCGGGUGCCAUUUCCGCGGACUGUAAGAAAAUAGCAGAAUUGCGAGUAAUUGACCUUAAAUCCGAGCUCAAACGAAGGAAUUUGGAUACUUCUGGUGUGAAAAGUGUCCUAAUUGCCCGGCUGAAACAGGCCGUCGAGGAUGAAGGUGGCGACUCAGAAAACAUUCAGAUCCAACUUGCUACUGACAGUCGGAAAAAUCCAAAAGCCAAAGGGAAAAAAGUGGACUCGGAUGCAGAGAACACUGUGGAAGAAGACACAUUCUCCAAGGACGCUGAAGAGGAUGAAUCAGAAAAAGAUGUAACUGAUACAGAUGAUGGUACUCACGAAAAUUCUAAGCCUCCACCCUGCGAGGACAGCCUCACUGAGCCUGAGGCAGAGGCCCUGGCUGAGGCGGAGCCGGAGUCAGAAGCUGUGAUGGCGUCUGAGGCCGAAUCAGAGCCUGAGCCCGAGGUCGAUGCUGAACCUGAGCCUGACGUGGAGGCCGAGCCAGAGGUGGAGGCCGAAGUGGCCGAGAUGGACGCUGAAGCCGUGAAUUCCUCAAAAGAAGCUGAGGAUGACCACCUAUCGGUCUCGAUCCCGAACGAAGAUGCCAUCACACUUGAUGUCGAUGGUGAUGAUCUCCUGGAAACAGGUAAACAUGUGAAACUUCCAGAUCCAGAGGCCGAGAAGGGCACAGACGAGCCAGAGGCCUCUGCUGAGAUGGGUCCAGAUGAUGAUGUGAGGAUAGAAGAGAAGGAGGGCCAUAAAGAUGGUAAGAAAGAUGAUGGAACCAAGGUUGACCCCAUGAAGAAAGAGAGCAGAGAGGCCUUGAAGAAAGCCGAAACAGGAGACAAAGAAAAGGAUUCUGGGAAGAAAGGCCCCUCCACUACUGGGGCGUCAGGUCAAGCAAAGAGUUCUUCAAGAGACAGAGACGGAAAAGCUGCAAAAGAUGAAAAGGGAAACACCAGCAGUAGCAUCAGCAGCUCGUCUCGUAACCUGUGGGUGAGCGGCCUGUCUUCUAACACCAAAGCAGCUGAUCUAAAGAACCUGUUUGGCAAAUAUGGCAAGGUUUUCAGUGCCAAAGUGGUGACAAAUGCUCGCAGCCCUGGUGCAAAGUGUUAUGGGUUGGUGACCAUGUCCUCCAGUGCAGAGGUGACACGAUGCAUCUCACACCUUGACCGCACAGAACUCCAUGGACAGCAGAUAUAUGUUGAACGGGUCAAAAAUGAUCCAUUUAAAAAAGAACCAUCAAAGAAGGAAGCAGAGGACAAAAUGAGUUCCAGCAAAUCAAGUGAUAAACGCAGUACCACACUAAAGACACCUAACAAAGCCCAGCCAUCCUCCAAAAAAGAGGACAAGAAGUCUGAUAAACCAUCAGAAAAAGACAAAGAUUUGGCCAAGAAACAGGAGUCUAAAAGUGGAAAAUCUGAGGCAGCUUCAUCUACGUCAACCCUAGAUUCUUCCAAGAAAGAUGAUAAAAAACAUGGCCGUGCAAAAAGCCCGGGGAAGAUGGUGGUGAUAGAUCACGCCAAAGGAGAUCCUAACUUCGGCAAAAUGAGACCUUUCAGAAGGGGAAGGCAUUUUGACAAACCUGGUUUCUUCAACAUGAACAUGCAGCGGCGGCCGAGAUGGUUGAUUCCCCCUGAAGAGUUGGAGAUGAUGAAAGAUAAAGGGCGACCUUUUCCCAACAAAGGAGGCAGCAAAGACAUCUUGCCUUUUGAGAAGAUGAAGGAGCAGAGGAUGCGUGAACGACUGGCUCGUCUGGAGCGUGUCCGCAGAGCCGUGGAGUUACGGAGGCGACGAGAAAUUGCAGAACGAGAACGUCGGGAGCGGGAGCGUAUCCGUCUGCUGCGAGAACGUGAAGAACGGGAGAACCUGCUCCGGGAACGCCAGAGAUUAGAGAUGGAAAGACAAAAACUGGAAAGAGAGCGCUUGGAGAGGGAGAGGCUUGAGAGAGAGAGGAUCCGUAUAGAACAGGAGCGGCGUAAAGAGGCAGAGCGGCUGGCACGUGAACGUGAGGAGCUGCGGAGGCAGCAGGAGCAGCUCCGCUACGAGCAGGAGAAAAGGAACAACCUUAAAAGAGGCCGUGAUGUGGAACACGGUCGGAGGGAUGAUCCCUACUGGAAUGGCAACAAGAAGAUGCAGACGGAGUCAGAUGUCCGCCUGAGUCAAGGCUCCGAUUACAACCGGCAGCAGAACCGCUUUUCAAACUUCAGCCCACGAGACCGGGGCCGCUUUCCAGAUGCUGCUGCUGAGCAGCCCAACAGUUACGACAGGCGGAAUCGGUUUGACAGUGAGUCAGAAGUAAAGAAGAACCGGCCCGCUCCUCAUAGAGCAGGUUCAGGGUUUGAGCGCUACCCCAAGAACUUUGACACAGUCCGGAGAGGUGAGCCGCCCCCUCCUCCACGCACAGACCUCCGAGACACCGACCGCAGGGACAGAGAUGAGAGGCGGCCUGUACCCAUGCCCGACCGCCCUGUGGGAGCCAGAGCAGCAAUGCCUGGCAUGUCGCACACCCGCUCACCGAGAGACGGAGCACAUGGAGGCUGGAAGAGUGAUGGCGGCAUGAAUACCAACAAGGGGGACAUGCGUGGAGCUGUGCGAAUGCGUCCAGAGCGUUCGGGCAGAGACGGCCCGGGCCCUGCGAUCAGAGGAGGCUCCUCAGCCAGCCAGGGGAGGAGCAGCUUUAGUGAUCGAGAAGGUGGACGGCCAAUGGUGAUGGGAGACCAGCCCUUUGGCAGCGGCCGCCAGGUGGUGGUGGAGCGUCACGGCAGGGACCAGGGGCUGAGGAAGGAGUGGCACAGCAGCGCAGGGUCACAGGGCGGGGGCUUCUCUGACAACCGCAGGAUGGCAGACAACCGGGGCAGCAUGAUGGCUCCACACUCGAGCCAUUCCUCAUCUGGUAUGAACCGAAUUGUACAGAUCACCAGCAACUCCAUUCCCAGUGGCGGUAACGUCGGAGGGUUCAAGCCCUUCAAAGGAGCACCUCGACGGUUCUAACUGCACCCAACACUUUUCGGAACUUAUUUUUGGAGUAUCAGCUGUUUUAGCUGGCCAGUUUGUAGCCACGCAGUUGAUCAUAUUUUUAUUUUGUAUAGAUGAGUGUUUACCUCAGUGUAGGGUUUUCAAGCAGUUCUGCUGUGAUCAUUACACAAACUGUGCACAUAUGUUUUACUUCGAUUUAGUAGGAUGUUGUACAGCUUUAGUUCUUUGUAACAAGUUUCAUGUGAUGUUAUCAACUGUAAUUGCAAGUGUUUUAAGUAAAUUUUCUGUAACUUAGUGUAGACUUCAUUCUUCUUAAGUUAAAUGCUCCAGUUUCCUGUUCAUUUGUUUUUUUUUUUGUGUAUUAUUGAGCUCCUAAGUUGACAAAAGGGAUAAAGGUUUGGACAUUUCCUGAUGCAAUGGUACAUUUAUAAAGCACAUGAUCAGGGUGGCAGUCCUUUUUUAUAAAAAAAAAAAUAAUUUUGCUAAAUAUGUCAAGCUCUGUUACAUAGCCUCCAUAGCCUGCAUAGUAGCAAAAGAAAAGCCCCUGUCGUUGAUGCAUGCACCAUGUGAGAGUCAGUUGCAUCAAGCUGCGGCGGUGUUCUUUUUAUCAGUCCACACCUUGAAGUGGCAUCGUCACACUUGCCUCAGUCUGAUUCAUGAGGAACAUGCUGUUGGAUGCAUGCAUGACUCAAGUGCAUUUAGAAUGUGAGUCUGCUUGGAAAAAUGCCCGCCUGUUUAACACUGAACAUUAAAUGUGCACCUUCAUUGAUGUAAAACAAAGUUUACACUAUCUGUGACUAGAUUGUUCCCACCACCUCUGCACUGCUGUUGCUUGUUCAGAUAUUUAUAUUUUUUUCCCUGAGGCUUUAGUGCACCCAAAUUACUCACAUACAGAUUGAGAAUCCUUGUAAAUGCCCCCAGAAGCUUAAAAAUUCUCACUGCAUACUUUUUUUCCUCAAAUAUUCCCUCAAAAAUGGGCUUGGUCCCUUUACCUAUAGUGUGCAUUUAAACGAGUUCAUGUCAUGACUAGGCCACCAUACCACUGAAUUACAUUUUGUUGUGUUUUUAAUUAUUUAUUAGUAUGCUAAUUACAGAGGGCACAACUCCUCACCCUGGCUGACAGGUUUUUGGUGCUAUUUCAGCCCUCGCACAAAUGCAAAUGGUCAACAUGCAUCAGGUACCAUGAGGAAGUCCAACCCAUCCCCACCUCUAUGUUUGGCAGUGCUGCUGGUCAAAUACACUAUAACUAUUGCAAGAAAACUAAAUUAUGUUAGAUGGGAAUCAGAAAUCUCAGUAAAAUAAGCUUUCAACACCUUCAUUUGCUUAGUAGCACCUUUGGUAUUUAACCUCUGGUAUUCAUCAUAAUCAUAACUUGGCACAUUUGGAUUUUCUGUUUUUCCCAACUUGGAUGUGGAGCAUAUGGGAACAGCUUCUCAUUUUUAAUUUGUGAAUAAAAAAA